CGUCUUGCUCCCCAGAUUGUAGAUCCCCAGCCCAAAUUUCUGAAACUCAAUAAUCGCCUCCAGAUUCCGGGAACUCGCGAGACUAUUAAAAUUGGGAGGAAGUCGAGAGGGAUCGCUGCAGAAGGCAUCGACAGGACCGGAGGCGUGCGAAGGAGAAGAGGAGUCUGUAAGUUAGAGCUGAAGGACAACGGAGUUGGGAGAGGGGUUGGCGGCAAUACGGUCAAAACUUCUAUAUCGUCCAUACAAAAUUGAUGUGCGGAACUACCUCUGAAGAUGUUGUCUGGGGUUAAGUUUAUUCCACGAGAGGAGCUUCUUGAGGAUGAGGAGGAUAAUUCGAGCGCAGACAAGCAGAAGAAGAUGAAUAGGAAACAGGAGAAGCACCGCCGCCGCGAUAGGUCUGAUGAGAGCUCUGAGAGGGAUGAGCGGCGUACAAGAAAGUGCAGCAAGAAGAUGAGGAGUGGGAGUUGGAGUUGCUCGGAUGCUGAUUCUGAUUCCUCUGAGAGAGUAACCAGCAGUCAUUCUGAUAAAGGGGAUAGAAAAUCCAAAAGUAGAGACAAAAGUUCUCGACAUGAGAGGGAUGGUAGAAAAAAAAGGGAUAGGGUUGGUAAAAAGAAAGGGGAUCAAAGUGGUGCUGUGGAUGAGAAGAAAAGCUUAGAUGGUGAUACUGAUUAUAUGAUUGAUCAAAACAUUGGGAUUUCGAGAAAAGAGAUGGGUCUUGAGUGGAUGCUUCAAGCUGGCAAUAGCCUGCAUGGUAAUCCAGCAUCAACUGAAAUCAAGCAGGAGGAGCACCAAGUUGAGGAGGGGAAGAGAGUGAAUCCAAAAGAACUAAAUCCAUAUCUCCAAGAUGAUGGAAGUGGGUAUCCCAAUGAUGCAUUAAACUCGGCUGGUGGUUCCAGCCAACUUCUUUCUUCUUCACUUGUUGGCGAUGGAGGUGCAAGUUGGCGACUGAAAGCCUUGAAGCGUGCAAAAGAACAAGCUGCUCGUGAAGGACUAACACUCCAAGAGGUAGUCGGAGAACGAUGGGGCUCAUUGCAGGAACUAGCAACAUCAGUGGCAGUUCAUCGAUCUGCCCCAGCUCAUGCUCAUUUGCAUGCGAUAAAAGAAAGAAAGAAGGGACAAAGUAAUAUAGAAGAAGCUCAGGAUAAACAUCAUUUGUCUUCUGGGAAGCUUGAUAUGAAGAAGCCUAAGCAGGACAAUUUGCAGUGGAGAAGCAAACAUUUUAAGAAGAUUUCUUUGGAGGAUAGUUCUCUUGCCUCUGAGGCAAUAUCUUGCAUAAAUAAGUUUUCUAAUGAUGGUAGCUUUAUGAAUAGCAUUAUUAAUCAGCAAAAUGAGGAUUCCUAUGUCCAUGACCAUUCUUUCACUGAAACUAAAGAGGCAAAAAGUAUCAAUGAGGAAGAUUUAGCUUCUGAAAGUAGAGAUUUUGGCGAAUUGCUUUCAACUAAAAUGCAGGCUGUAAGUUCCAAUCAGCUAGCUGCAAAAGUAUUACAGCUUAGAAUGAAAGGAAAGCAUGAGGAGGCUGACAACCUUUCUAAGCACAUGGAUCUAUUGGUAGAGAAUUCAAAUGCAAGAUCCAAGGCUAUACGACAAGAAGCUGGAGGCAAAAGUAGCAGGUUUAUUGAGAAACACUUAUCUGGUGAAAGGAAGAAGCAUGAGAAUGAUGGUGAUAAGCAUCUUGCACAGAAAAUAGUACAAAAUAGAAGAUAUAGCAUGUCUGGAAAUGCAGAUGACGAGUAUGAUUUUUAUGAGGGAGCUCCCAGCAGAAAACAUAGUAAGAAAAAGGAUGAUGCACAUGAAGAUAAAAAUAUCUUACCAAAACAAAUGUUGACUCAGAAAGAGCGCUGUCAAUUUUGUUUUGAGAACCAAUCUAGACCAAAACAUCUUGUCGUAUCAAUAGGAAAUUUCACUUACUUGAUGCUUCCACACUGGGAACCUGUUUUACAAGGCCAUUGCUGCAUUCUGCCAUUGCAGCAUGAAUCAGCUACCAGAACCAUUGACAAAAAUGUCUGGGAAGAAAUUCGAAACUUCAAGAAGUGUCUCUUAAAAAUGUUCUCUAAGCAAGACAAGGAUGUCAUCUUUCUUGAGACAGUUAUUGGAUUAUCUAGGCAACGUCGACAUUGCUUAAUUGAGUGCAUACCUAUUCCUUCUCACAUUGCAAAGCAAGCUCCAUUGUAUUUCAAAAAGGCUAUUGAUGAGGCAGAGGAUGAGUGGGGGCAGCAUGACAUGAAGAAGGUCAUACCAACAAAUGGGAACUUACGGAGUGUUAUCCCUGAGAACUUCUCCUACUUCCACGUUGAAUUUGGGCUGGACAGAGGCUUUGUCCAUGUCAUUGAUGAUGAUAGCAACUUUCCUAGUAGCUUUGGCUUGAAUGUAGUCCGAGGCAUGCUGCGCCUCCCUGUGGAGACAAUGCACCAUCAUCAGAGAAGAGAACCAGCUGAGAAACAGAAACAAGCCGUUGCCACCUUUGUCCAGGAAUGGGAGCCCUUUGAUUGGACCAGGGAGAUUGAUUGAUUCGUACAGUUUGCCACUGCGUUUUGAAAGGAGGCUGUUUUCUGAUUCCAAUUUGGAGAGCAGCUUGAGGGGCUUGUCGAACCAACAAUGGUGGAUAUCAACCUGGUCCUUUGCCUUGUGAGCUUACGAUGGAGCCACAACUCAAUUUUGAUGACAUGCAUAGAUGAGCUGGUCAGAUGGGCGGGCACGGGCGAGAUGGUGGCAUAUUAGAGCAAAAAAAUAUUUUUGAGGGAGGGCAUUUGCCUACUUUGAAGCAAGGGGGGAUCUGACCAUGCUUUCAAUUUGUUGCUUCUUAUCAAAUUGACUUUUUGAAGGAUCAAGUUUGGCUUGUAGCUUGUUCAAAUGUGGGCAGGCUGGUGGCGAUGACUGGUGGUGGUGUAGGCGGUCAACAGGCAGUGACAAUGGUGAUGCAUAUGUAAUGCAUUUGAAAAUUGUUCAAAUCUGGGGUAAUCUAAAUGCGCCUAAAAUGAACUAGUUGGUGUCUUUAAAAUGCACUCAUUUUACACCCUACAUUUCCUUUUACUUCAAACCAAAUAUCAAUAUAUUUAAAGUCUCUACAUUUGAAAUAUUUUACUUCUUCUUUGCAACAAAUCAAACAACCGUUUGUUGCCAAUGAGGAUAAAGUUUGGCUUUGUAGCUUGAUUGAUUGUGGGUUUUUUACUUUGGCCCUUUUUCCAUUUUUUAUAUUUUAUGAGAGAGAGGGCUAGAUAACUUUGUAUUGAGUAAAACUUACUUUUCAUGUUGGCUUAGUGAAUUAAGAUAGAUGAGACAA